AUGUUUUUAUCCUUUUCUUUAGAUACAUUUUCCCUUUUCUUGCUCUUCAAUCCAAACUCCGAGUACGUGAGAACUAAUGGCAGCCUCAGCGAUGAUGGCGAAACCCAAACUCUCUGCGGAGCCGCCGUUUCCCACCACAAGACCCGACCAUGGAAAGCAUCCGUCGGUGGACCCAACGGGUGCCGAAGAAGACGAUCUGUACUGCCGCCUGAAAUCUCUUCAAAGGCAGUUGGAAUUCAUAGACAUCCAAGAAGAGUAUGUGAAAGAUGAACAAAAGAAUCUAAAGAGAGAGCUUUUAAGGGCACAGGAGGAAGUCAAGCGGAUCCAGUCGGUGCCCCUGGUCAUAGGCCAGUUCAUGGAGAUGGUCGAUCAAAACAAUGGAAUCGUGGGCUCCACCACGGGAUCCAAUUAUUAUGUAAGGAUAUUGAGUACCAUUAACAGAGAGCUGCUGAAGCCGUCAGCUUCGGUGGCUCUUCACCGCCACUCAAAUGCUCUGGUCGACGUUUUGCCUCCCGAGGCCGAUUCCAGUAUCUCUUUGCUUAGCCAGUCCGAAAAGCCUGAUGUCACGUACACCGAUAUUGGAGGAUGUGACAUCCAAAAGCAAGAAAUUCGUGAGGCAGUGGAGUUACCGUUGACUCAUCAUGAGCUUUAUAAGCAGAUUGGGAUAGAUCCUCCUCGUGGUGUUUUACUCUAUGGCCCCCCUGGCACUGGAAAAACCAUGCUUGCAAAGGCUGUUGCUAACCAUACAACAGCUGCCUUCAUUAGAGUAGUCGGAUCUGAAUUCGUUCAGAAAUAUUUGGGUGAGGGUCCAAGGAUGGUUCGUGAUGUCUUUCGUCUUGCUAAAGAGAAUGCUCCAGCUAUAAUCUUUAUUGAUGAGGUUGAUGCCAUUGCUACUGCUAGGUUUGAUGCUCAAACUGGAGCUGAUAGAGAAGUUCAGCGUAUCCUCAUGGAACUCCUGAAUCAGAUGGACGGAUUUGACCAGACUGUGAAUGUUAAGGUCAUUAUGGCAACUAAUCGAGCCGACACUUUGGACCCUGCUCUUCUUCGUCCUGGAAGGCUUGACCGAAAGAUUGAGUUUCCUUUGCCUGACAGAAGGCAGAAGAGGCUUGUUUUCCAGGUUUGCACUGCUAAAAUGAACCUAAGUGAUGAGGUAGAUUUGGAAGAUUAUGUUUCUCGGCCAGAUAAAAUUUGUGCUGCAGAGAUUGCCGCUAUCUGCCAAGAAGCCGGAAUGCAUGCAGUGCGCAAGAACCGAUACGUUAUACUUCCAAAGGACUUUGAAAAGGGUUACAGAACAAACGUGAAGAAGCCUGACACGGACUUUGAGUUCUACAAAUGAAGAGAUAACUUUGAGAAUGCUGGAGUAUUUCAUGCGAACAUCGCGGGGUGUGGCAUGGGUAGAGCUAUGUCAUAUUUUGAGAAUGCUCCUGUUAGUUGAGGUAUUAGAACUUUGAAGCAAAACUACCGGUUCUUUGAUAUUUUGUAUGGGAAAGUUUUCAACAUUACUUAAAUGUGGCUGAUGUAUAAUCAAUUCAAAGUUGCUUUAAUAUGUGUUGUUUUAUGGACAUA